AUGGGCCUACAAGUCCCGCCACGCACAGCAGCGGAGCCAACUACAUCCCCCUUGCCCGCCGUCUCCGACGUCCUCACCCCUCGCGCAAUCGCCUGCGGCAUCAUUCUCGGCCUCGCCGUGAGCCUGGCCAACAUGUAUUUUGGGCUCCAGGCAGGCACUGUGAACGCCAUGCCCAUGCAGAGCGCCCUGCUCGGCUCCGCCAUCCUUGGCGCCAUCCAGCAUCGGUUUCCCACCUCCCAGCCGCCCGUGGCCCCCGCCGAGAUCGCGCUUGUUGAGGUCAUUGCAGGUGCCCUGGGGCUUGCCCCCUUCACAUCGGGCUUUACGUCUUUUCUUCCUGCUCUCGAAUUCCUGACCGGUGACGAAGACGGGCCGCCAGUCCGAUUCAGCUUGCCCCAACUUCUUCUAUGGUCACUGGCCAUCUGCGGCCUGGGCAUUGUCGCCGCCGCCCCCUUCCGAAGACUAUUCAUCCACCGCGAGCCGCUUCGUUUCCCAUCAGCCACAGCCACCGGCACCCUGAUUAGUAUCCUUUUCGGGAGGCCGCCCGCUGUCACGCGAGCAGAGCCUGAUGAUAGCAGCAGCAGCACCCGACCCGUUUACCGGAGCGUCGUCACUGACCCGUCCGGGCCUACUGAGCACGAGAGUCCAACCCACCAACUGGAACAAUACAGCAACACUCAGCCUAUCAAAGUUCUGCUUCUUUCUCUGGCCUUUUCUGCUUUGUUUAGCCUAGUUGCACACUUUGUCCCAGCCCUGAAACACCUUCCCAUUUUCGGCCAUACCCUUGCGAGAGACUGGUUAUGGGAGUUUGACUUAUCGCCGGCAUAUUUCGGCUACGGGAUCAUCAUCGGCCCAAGCAUCAACGCCUCUACCUUCCUCGGGGCCGUUCUUGGCUGGGGCAUUCUGUCUCCAAUCGCCAAGCAUAAUGGUUGGACAUCGGGCCCCGUGGGUGACUGGGAGAAUGGUUCGCGGGGAUGGAUCCUCUGGGUUGGCAUGGGACUGAUUCUUGGGGACUCCCUCGUCGGGAUAGCUUGGAUUGUCCUGAAGCUUUGUUCCUCUCGGGCAAGCUACGUGCUUCAGACGAUUUGGGCACCAUGGCUAAGACGCUCCAACGGUAGCCCUAGCGAACAGACUCCGCUGCUCCCCGACAGCUCAGACUCAAAUCAUCCAGGUGGUGCCGCCACCUCAGCCGAGGACACGGACGACUGGCCAGACAGCUCGAUAACAACCCCAACCUUGGUUCUCUGGCUUGCCGUGGCCUUAUACGUCACGUACUUCGCUUGUCUAGGCACUGCAUUUCGGGAGUUUAUCCCUUCUCUUGCUACACUACUCGCUGCGGUACUUGUCCCCCUCGCUGGCUUUGUUUCAAUGCGUUCACUAGGGGAGACCGACAACGGCGCCGCUCUGGCCGUAGGUACGAUAGCACAACUCAUCGCCAGCCUCGUGGUUCCCAGCUCCAGCGCCCAAUAUAUGCCUGCGAACCUUUUGUUCGGCGGCGUGGUCGAGGCCGGCGCUUCUCAAGCUGCGCAACACAUGGGCGGCUUGAAGACAGCGUACAUAACCCAGACGCCGCCAAGAGCCGUCUUCUGGGGUCAGAUGGUGGGCUCCUUCGCCGGGGCUCUAAUCGCGACCUUCCUUUACAGGGCAUACACGACAGUCAAAGAACUGCCAAGUGGCGAGUUCGGAAUCCCGGACGGUUAUUUAUAUCUCGUCGCAGCGCGAUUCCUCCGCCAGCAAGGGUUACCACCCGGGGCAAUUCACUUCUCCAUCGGGGCUCUUGUUCUCGGCGCAGUGCUCAGCGCUUUCAGAAUCAUGGGAUCGGAACCCUGGUGGCGUCCGUUUGUUCCUUCCGGUAUAGCUAUGGCAAUAGGUAUGUACAUUGUCCCAUCGAUAACCCUGCCUCGAGCUCUCGGCAGCCUUAUCAUGAUCGUCGGCCGUAGACACCUGGGGUUCAAGGACAUGUCUUUGCUGUGUUGCGCAACGGGCUUCAUUCUCGGGCAGGGAAUCGUAAGCCCUCUGGCGUUAUUGUGGGAUACUCUCCACAUUCCUACAUCAGAUCCCUCUAAAGUCUGA